AUGAGUGAUAACUCAAAGAAAGCGAAUCCUAACGAGGGCUCGCACCAUUUUGUUCCCAAAUCCGUUAACGAGAUUAUGCGAAAAGUUUUGAACAUUUCCGAUUUUUCUGAAAAAUUGUCUAAGUUGGAUCUUCACAUCCGCUCAUAUGAAAAUGAAUUGAGAAAGGUUGAACAUUUACAACGUGAGCUUCCAUUGUGCAUGGAACUUUUGCAAGAUGUAAUUGCGAUACUGAUUGAGGAGAAAUUUCGGUGUGAGGAAGAAAAGAGUAAUUCAAUGAAGGACUUAAUGGAAAAUACGAAAAAUUGGAUAAGUAUGACUCAACUCUGGACUACUCCGGUCGAGUACGAAGCCGACAUCGAACCCAUGAUUACGAAAUCGAGUCGUCAAAAGGAGGUAAGCACGAGUAGUGAAUUCAAUUGCGGUAAAGGGGCAUUUACGUCAUUUAAGAAACCAUCACAAUUGCAUAUACAUGAGGAAGGGCAAAUGGAGAAGAAGCCUAGACGCGUUUGGGAAUCGGAGCUGCACGACUCCUUUGUCGACGCACUCAAACGUCUCGGUGGCCCUUAU